AUGGGUGAUUUUAAUAGUUUUUUAUCCUAUGAUGACAAAGAGGGUAGUACAUAUUAUGAUAUUAGGGAUAUGGAUACUUUUUCAAAUUUCCUUCCUAAGUUUCACCUUUCACCUUUGCCUUUUGUGGGAAAUAAAUUUACUUGGAGAAAUAAUUUUGUUAGGGAGCAUCUUGAUUGGGCUAUUAGCUCGGAUUCUUGGAGUGAUCUCUUUCCUGAUGAUGUUUUGCAUCAUCUCCCUUUUUUUGGCUCUGAUCAUCGUGCUUUGAAGCUUAUCCUUAAGGAUGAUAGCUUUAAUUUUCUUUCUAGGCGUAGUAGAAGAUUUCUUUUUGAGAAUCACGAAAUUGCUCGAAUUCAGGGUAUUCCUUUUUCUAAUCAGGAUAACCGUUUUCGACUUCAAUGUCUUCAGUCUCAGCUAGAUGCUCUCCUUUAUAAGGAAGAGAUUUAUUGGAGGCAGCGAUCUAGAACUCAUUGGCUGAAAGCUGGUGAUAAAAAUACUAAGUUUUUCCAUCGUUUUGCCUCUAAACGUAAAAAGAAUAACACUAUCAAGUUUCUUAAAGAUGAUAAUCAGAAUAUUGUUUCUGAUCAUAAUGCCAUGGGUAAUCUGGUAGUUUCCUAUUUUUCUGAUUUGUUUGGUUCUCAUGGUAGUGAUGCUGAUGUUGUCAAUCUUAUUCUUGAUUGUUUGGGUCCUCCAUUGGAUGACUCUGAUUCUGCUUUUCUGGAUGCACCUUUUUCAACUAAAGAAGCUGUUCUUUCAUGUCUUAAUGAGGGGAUUGAUUUUUUUGCUGUGAAUACUACUCUUAUUUCUCUGAUUCCUAAAAAGCAGCAUGCUCAUACUCUUAAGGAUUUUCGGCCUGUUAGUCUUUGUUCUACCUUUUAUAAGGUUAUCUCCAAGGUUCUAGCUAAUCGUUUAAAAGCUGUUUUGGAUAAAAUUAUUUCCCCUUAUCAAAGAGCUUUUGUCUCGGGUCUAGUCAUUUUUGAUAAUAUUCUUAUUGCUCAAGAGAUUGGUCAUGCUAUUAAUUCUAGGAAAAGUGGGAAGCUCGGGUGGGCUGCACUUAAAUUGGACAUGGCCAAAGCUUUUGACCGUGUUGAUUGGCAUUAUCUGGAGAGUAUCAUGUUCCAUUUCAAUUUUCCGCCUAGAUUUGUCUCUCUUAUUAUGAAAUGUAUCGCUACUACUUCUCUUUCUUUUUUGAUUAAUGGUUCUGUUUGUGGUUCCCUUCAGCCUUCCAGGGGUCUUAGGCAGGGGGAUCCUCUUUCCCCUUAUCUCUUUAUUCUUUGUGCUGAAGGAAUUUCUGCUCUUUUGCGGGCUAAACAAGAUAUUGGUUUGCUUAAGGGUAUUGCUAUUUCUCGAACUGCUCCAUCUCUUUCCCAUCUAUUUUUUGCUGACGACAGUCUUAUUUUUUGUACUGCUAAUAGAGUUUACUGUUUAGCUCUUCAAGAUGCUUUUGAUGUUUAUUCUAAGGCUUCGGGUCAGGAUAGGGUUAUUUCUGUGCUUCGAGGGUGGUCUGUUAAAUGUUUUUCUAGGGCUGGUAAAGAGGUUUUACUGAAGGCAGUCAUUCAAGCUAUUCCAGCCUAUGCCAUGGCUUGUUUCCGUUUUCCUGUCAAAUUGUGCAAGGGUAUUAAAGCUGUGAUGGCCAGAUUCUGGUGGUGUUCAGUUGGAAAUUCUCAUAAGAUACAUUGGAAGUCUUGGAAAUCUUUAUGUAAAUCAAAAUUUAUCGGGGGGUUAGGAUUUAGAUCUCUUGUUCAUUUUAAUCAAGCCAUGCUUGGUAAGCAAGCUUGGCGGAUCUUUAAAAAUCCUUCCUCUCUCCUUGCUCAAGUUCUUCAGGCCAGACAUUUUCCUCGUAGUUCUUUUCUUCAGGCUAACUCUGGUCACAACCCUUCUUUCACUUGGAGGAGUAUUUUAUGGGGUAGGGAGUUGUUAAAUUCUGGUCUCUUAUGGAAGAUUGGUAAUGGCAGUGAUAUUCGAACUAUUGAGGACCAUUGGCUUCCUAGUAAUAGUUGUUUUUCACCUCAUUUGGUUGAUGAAAAUCUCAGUGUUCUUGUUUUGGGUGAGUUUGGCAAGGAUGAUAUCAUAUGGGGUCACCAUAGUUCUGGGGAGUUUACAGUUAAGUCUGCUUAUCACCUUGCUUUUUCCUCUCAAGAUAUUGCCUCUUCCUCUUCUUUCUUUUCUUCAAAAAAGUUUUGGUCAAAAAUUUGGAACUCUAAGAUUCCUCCAAAAGUUAAAGUUCAGGUGCUUCCUUGUGCUUCAAAUUUGGAUCAGACAACUUUGCAGCAGCUUCCAUCUGAAGGAGCUUUCCACAUCUUUACUGAUGCAGUCGUUGAUCUGAAUAGACAGAAGUAUAGCAUUGGGGCUGUUGUUCUUAAUCAUUCCGGCCAGGUGGUAGCAGGGUUGGCUAAACCUUUUUCAGGCUGUGUUUCACCGAUGGUAGCUGAGGCAAAAGCAGUGGUGCAUGCUUUGCAGUGGGCCUAUUCUAUUUUCCUGCCUGUGGAUGUUUUGAAAACAGAUUGCAAAUCUAUUGUUGAUAGAUUUUACUCUUGCACUCAGGGUUGUAGUUCUAUUGAUGAUUUAAUUGUUUGUAUUAAGAACUUAUUAUCACUUCGCCCAUCUCUACGGCUGGCUCAUGUCAAUAGGGAGUUUAAUACUAUUGCUCAUAGGGUUGCAAAAUGGGGUAUUGGGAUUGAUAGUAAGUUCCUUUGGAAUGGCUCUCUGCCUUCCUUUUAG